UCUGCUCUCGGCAGCUCCUCAGAGUGCAGUCAUGUCUGGACGUGGUAAGGGAGGCAAAGGGCUCGGAAAAGGCGGCGCCAAGCGCCACCGCAAAGUCCUACGCGACAACAUCCAGGGCAUCACCAAGCCCGCCAUCCGCCGCCUGGCCCGGCGCGGAGGAGUGAAGCGCAUCUCCGGCCUCAUCUACGAGGAGACCCGCGGUGUGCUGAAGGUGUUCCUGGAGAACGUGAUCCGCGACGCCGUCACCUACACGGAGCACGCCAAGCGCAAGACCGUCACCGCCAUGGACGUGGUCUACGCGCUCAAGCGCCAGGGCCGCACCCUCUACGGCUUCGGCGGCUAAGUAUUGGGUCUCCUCAGGAUAAACUCCGGUGUCUUGAGUAUCAGAUCCUCAACCUGUCUGUUUUAGUCCCAGGUCUCUGGCAUUGCAGAUCUUUGUUGUGGAUGACCUUCAGAGACAGCUAGUUGGAACUCUUCCAAAAACUGGGCCUACCCUCAGCAUCUGUACCUCUUCUACCCUGAAGCCCACCUACCAUCUGAAGUCUUUGGCUGUAUUGUCAUGCUGCUGCAUUUAAAGUUCUGAUACCUCUGGAAAAAUUGGUUGUCAGUCUGAACUUUUUGUUAUGGGUCUUUGACAAGUAUAUGGAAAUGAAGACCUGUUUGUUGUUGACAAAAUAGAAUAUGCCUUGCAUGAAUUGACAUCAAUAUGAAAAAGGGUAAUGUUGUCUAUUAGCUAUUACAGGAUCAAAAUUAUGGAUACUGUUAAAUUCCAAAAGCUUCCAAUACAUCCCCAGAUGUUUUAUCUUAAAACAUCUUUUAAAAUAGUUAGUAAACCUUCAUAUUGAUGAAAUUCUAUUUGUUAAUUGAGGGGUAUACAGUUUCUUUUCAAUUUUCUAUGAACAAUGUAUAAUAGCAGUUUUCACAAUUGUAUAUGACUACUUCCAAAUUGUCUUCUAUAAAAUGAGAAAAUUAUCUGGCCUGUGCUUACUUAGUAAACGUCAAAAAUAUCUAUUAUAACCUAUUAUAAUGUUUCCUCUUUCAAAAUGUAUCUUUUAACUGGAAAAAAAAGUAAUAAUAAAUUGUUUAGUUAUGUAUCCGUAUGUAAUGGCAGGAGCCAGCCCUGGCAGGUCUUCUUCUUUGCUAUAGUUCUUGAGGCAGCGGAGGGGGAAGAGUGUCCACGGUGGGUAAGAUUUAGUUUUACAAGAUAGGGGGCUAAGAAUUGGUCUUAUGAAAAUAAUUAAU